AUGGCCGUCCGAUGCAGCAUCAUCAGUGGAUCGUUCUCCAGCGCCAGCGGUACUGGAGCGGACGAGCAAGGGCCGGGGGCGUGCAUGCAUCCCAUUCACAUCGCCAUCACCACCACCAUGUUCAGUCAAAGGACGAGCUCCCAAAAACCCGACGAUGAGUUGCUCGCCAAUUUCCGCCAACAGUUCCCUCAAAUAGGCUCCACCGCCGAAGGUGGCUCGCCUGGCCUUUCUCAAACCGCUGGCGGCCCAGACAUGACCACAGCUGCUCCGGCGGUCCCCAAAGCCAACAACGACCAGUGGCGCUUCACACCUUCGCUGCUAGACCCCAACUCGUUUGCAUUUACUUCCUUUGGUCAUGGCAACACCGGCCUGUUUACCCCGGGCAUACAUGGCCCGCCGCCCUUGUAUCAAUCUCAGGCCGGCGAUCUGCAUUCGCCCACCACCAUGGCCAUGCUCCAGGGCGUUACCACUCCUUUCGGUGCGCCUUCCUCCUUAGAAGCUAUGCAGUCUGGUGUUGCCAUGGACCCUUCAGCUUUCCAUUCCGCCACCAACCAGCAGAUGCCUCCAUUUCAACCUUACCUGCAAGUUCCUGGUCACCAAUAUGCCCCUACGCAUUUUGUUCAGCAUGACACCGGUUACGAGACCAUGGAACAAGAUCCAUCUCCCAUGGGUUCCGAAGAACCCGACCCUCGGCUCAUUGGCCUCAAAAGUCAGCUGGCCGUAAACGCUGCCGCCAUGAGCCUCCCCUUGCCGCCGUCAGCAGAAAAGUUUCGAUUCCAUUCCACUCUUAACGCCGCCACGGCCAUGGUGAAGCAGGCCGACGAAAUCCCCAUUACGUAUCUUAACAAAGGACAAGCCUAUUCUCUCUCCGUUGCCGAUACGCAAGGUGUCUUGCCAGUUCAGCCCGGAACUCGCUAUCGAACCUUUGUCCGCGUUUCGUUUGAAGACGAAGAGCAACGCUCCAAGCCCAGCGUUUGUUGGGGUCUGUGGAAGGAAGGCCGAGGUACCAACGAAGCUCACCAGCGCGGUGGCAAGCUUCAAGCCGUUGAAUAUGUCGAAGCUAGUCAGCCAGCUGAGGGGGACGAUAAGAGAACGCGAAUCGAAGUGGAAUCCUCGUCAUUUGAUGGCUUCUGUGUUGUUUGGACGCCUGGCACUGCCGGUGCUCCCGAAGUCAACAUUGCCGUCCGAUUCAACUUUUUAUCUACUGAUUUUAGCCACUCCAAGGGUGUCAAGGGUAUCCCUGUGCGACUCUGCGCUAAGACUACCCAGUUGUCGGGAGACACUCUCGAUGCUAGCAAUGAUGUCAAGCCCGAUGUCUGCUACUGCAAGGUCAAGCUGUUCCGAGAUCACGGUGCAGAACGCAAACUUUCCAACGAUGUGGCGCACAUUAAGAAAUCUAUUGAGAAGUUAAAGCAACAGAUUGCUCAAGCUGAAAGCGGCGUUAAGGACAGCAAGAGAAAGCGACAGAGUAUUGCUUCCAAAACCAGCGUCGACUCUCGCUCUGGCAAGACGCAGAAGCACAAGAGAAGUUGGUCCAUGUCUUCUUCUAGCUCUAAUAACGGAGCUCGGCCUUCGCUCGAAGAUGAUUUGCUCUUUCGAUUACAGACGCUCCAGGACAUGUUCACCAGCACUCGCCCGAUUAGUGUGCUAUUUCUACGCGGCGAAGAUCCAGAUGAUAUGGAUCUACAUCCUGUUUCCAUGCCUGGUGACUCGUCUCCUGCUACUCGCGAGGGGCGCAACUGGCAGGCACGCAGCGGACGCAGCUCGGUACGGAGCUCACUCAUCUCACCUUCGCCCAGCUCGCUAUCCCUGGCGUCGCAGUCAUCAACGGGUGGUCAUUGGCAAAACUUUGAUUCUAGAGGCCCCGAUCAAGUUACAGCUGUCAACCGAACGGAUGAUCCUGGUACGCUGAGCGGGUGGAUCGAGGCGCUGGGCGUGGAUCCAUCGUACAGACCGCCGCAAGAACGCGGGCCUAAGCCUGUGGCCUGCUUCUACGUGCAAUAUGACGACCAGAUGACGGAGAAGCGCGAGUACCAUCGCGCGAUUUAUCUUUACGAGCGGUCGCUUCCAGAGCUGAUCAAGCAGCUUGCCGCCAAGUUUGGACUAGUUGAGAGCCGAAUCUCGCGAAUACUGCAUCGACUGCCCAGCGGACUCGAGGUGGAGCUGGACAAUGACGUCGUACACGAACUUGCCGAAGGACAAGACAUGCGACUCGAGGUGGAAAAGAUUGUCGACCAGAGUGGCAAAGAUUUGCAGAUGUCGGUUGAUGGUGAAGAGAUGAACGAGGAGAAGCAGGCGCAGCAAUCAGUGAGUCUGGUUCUGCGCCUUGCAUUCUAA